AUGUCUGUCACUCUCCACACUACGCAAGGUGACCUCAAGGUCGAGCUGUUCUGCGAAGCAGUACCCAAGACUGCAGAGAACUUCCUCGCCCUAUGCGCAUGCGGUGCAUACGAUGACACACCAUUCCACCGCCUUAUCCCUGGCUUCAUGAUCCAAGGUGGCGACAUCUCCCUUGGAUCAGCCGCGAAGCCUUCGGCCUCGACAAAACCUCAGCUUCCUUUCGAGAUCCCCAAGGGCGGCACCUCAAUAUACCACCCCUCCGCGCUCAACCUAGAAAUACACCUUCCGGCCCUGAAGCACAAUGCGCGCGGCAUCCUCUCCAUGGCUUCUCGUCCCGUCAAGGAUAGGACAGCACCAGGCUCGCAGAAUGCGACUGGCCCAGCUAUCAACGGCAGCCAAUUCUUCAUUUCCUUUGCGCCAGCGCCACAUCUUGACGGUGCCAGUACUGUUUUCGGAAAGGUGUUGAACUUAAGUGCCCAGGACGAAGGCGGAGACGUUCUUUCCAAGCUGGAGAAGGCAAAGGUGAAGGUUGACAAGAAGGGCAAAGUUUCUCAGCCUAAGGAGGGAGACGACUUUGAGGCGCUUCGCAUCAAUCGAGUUACCAUUCAUGCAAAUCCAUUUGCUAAGUGA